AUGGAUACGCGGGAGGAUCGUGCUGAUGCUUCAGCCACAUCUACUACAGCAACAACCGUCAGCGCAUCCUCGUUUUGUCAACAAAUCUCACCUGAGGAGUAUGCACGCCAGAGUCAAGAAUACACGCGCAAUGCCAUUGAGGCUUUGAAGCAGAGCUCCGAGUACAUGGCCUACCUGUAUCGCUGCCAUCACUGUGGUAGCGUCUGGUACCAUGGCCAGUACAACCCCGGCUGUGUCCAGUGUGGGGAUGGUGCCAUGAUUCGCCCCUGCCCCAUCUGUAACAGCCGCUGUGGGGCUGUAUUCACCCGUGAUGCCGAAAUGUCCCACUCGUUUAACAAGGCACACUGGAACGGCAAUUGUCGUCUCCCACGAGAAGAGCAGUUUCGGUUGCUGCUCCCCUCCAUGGAUGAGCUGUGCGCAGAGCUCGACGACACCGUGUGA